CUUGUGAAUUGGAUAUGCGACUCCCCACAGCCCAACUUAACCUCCAACCUCCUCGCGCCUCCUCUAGGCCUUGGCCCAUAGCAAUACAUUUCAGUACAUAUCUAAGCCCGGCAGUCAGACAGCAUGGCGCGCAACUCAGAGAAAGCGCAGUCGAUGCUCUUCCGCUUCCGCGAAGCGCAGGCCGCGGACUUGGGCAUCAUUGACGCGGGGCGGAGCCGACGGCCGCGGGCUAUUACGGAGCAAGACUCGAUCCCGGCGUGCGAGAAGUGGAGGGGCCAGGUGCUUAAGGAGAUCUCGCGCAAAGUGUCGCGAAUCCAGGACCCGGCGCUCUCCGACUACCAGAUCCGCGACCUCAACGACGAGAUCAACAAGCUGAUGCGCGAGAAGCACAUGUGGGAGGUGCAGAUCCGCAACUUGGGGGGGCCCAACUACAUGCGCGCCGGCGCAAAAGUCUACGACGAGGCCGGCCGCGAGAUUCAAGGCGGCGGGAAAGGGUACCGAUACUUUGGUCGCGCCCGCGAGCUCCCAGGAGUCAAGGAGCUUUUUGAGGCCGCCGCUAAAGCUAGACACGAGGCAGACGAGAAGCCCCUUGAGGAGAGGGCCGACCUGCGCAAGGCGGUUAAUGCGGCUUACUACGGAUACGCGCCCGGGGAGGAGGAUGAGGCGUUGUUGGAGUACGAGAGGCAGAGGGAGAAGAUGGCUUUUGAGGCGCUUGUCAAGGUCGGGCCGGAUGCCGCGCCGCCUGGGUGGGAGCCGUUGCCUGGCGACGUUGGGGACGGGAGGGUUUGGGAACUCCCUACUUUAGACGAGGUCCAGCAGGAAUUGAUUGAUAGGAGGAGGCAGAGGCUCCUUGACCAAUUAUGAUGGGGAGGAAGGUGCUAACAUAGCAUCGCCAAGAGGGACUGCAAGCAUGGGGACGGGAUGAAGGAAAUUUUCGUUCUGUAGCAAGUAUAUGCAUCGACUUGGCGGCGUUCAAAGGCGCGAGGAGUAACGGCUGGAUACGUCUUGCUUCCAAGUUGGACGGGUACGGGGAUUGAUGUAUUUCGCUGGCAUUAUGGGCAGGUACGGAAGGAGGCAUAAAAUAAGAAGUUCCCAUAUAUAUCAUCGUCCGCACCUUCGUUCGUUUUGUGGGCUCCCGCUGGUAUCGUGGCAAAUGCUUGGGAGCAAGGUUUUGGUCUAGAUUACUCACCCCAGCUUGAGAGGCAUGAGGAUUGGAUGAUGGAUGAAUG